CAAGAUGUUGAUGCCUAAGAAGAACCAGAUUGCCAUUUAUGAACUCCUUUUUAAGGAGGGAGUCAUGGUGGCCAAGAAGGAUGUCCACAUGCCUAAGCACUGGGAGCUGGCAGACAAGAAUGUGCCCAACCUUCAGGUCAUGAAGGCCAUGCAGUCUCUCAAGUCCCGACGCUGUGUGAAGGAACAGUUUGCCUGGAGACAUUUCUACUGGUACCUUACCAAUGAGGGUAUCCAGUAUCUCCGUGAUUACCUUCAUCUGCCCCUGGAGACUGUGCCUGCCACUCUAUGCCGCAGCCGUCCAGAGACUGGCAGGCCUCGGCCUAAAGGUCUGGAGACUGAGCAACCUGCAAGACUCACAAGAGGGGAAGCCAACAGAGAUACGUGCAGACAUAGUGCUGUGCCUCCAGGUGCCAACAAGAAAGUGGAGGCUGGGGCUUGGUAA